GUGAGUCAGGUGUAAGUGUGUAUAUCAGUGUAUAUGUAGUGCACAGUGUUGGCGCAAAUAAUUUACAAACUGUUUGCAGCAUUUAUAAAUAAUUAAAAGUCAUCGCAACAACAUGGCCCUGUUGCAGAAUAUGAAAAAUGUGUUACCCGCUGCUCAGCGAACUCUUGCGCACAGGCAUUUUCACGUGAGCGUGGUCGCAAGUAAGACACAGUCUGGAAAAUACAAGGUUACUCUGAAAAGAGACAGGCCGUUGACAUACGAAAUGGCAAAUCCGCCUCAUUACAUCGCCCACAGAAAGUCCUGGAACUCGUGGAAUACCUCGAACAUACAGGACGGCAACAGGCCAGCCGAGACAGCCAUAGAAGACAUGUUCAUUCGACAAUUCAUGCGGGGUACGUGGCACAAUUUAUUCGCGAGUGAAGUCAUCAUCAAACGGCAGCACAACAUCAUCAGGAUAAGUGGCAUCAUCACUCGUGUCUUGAUACCGUCUAAAAUUUAUUUCUUAACUGGUUACACCGAGGAGCUUCUCAGCUACUGGCUGCAAUGUCCGAUUAAGCUAGAAUUGGUCACGACCGACAGCAAGAAGGACACAGUAUUUAAGUACAUAUAAAAUCUAGUACAUGUAAAUAUAGCAAAUUAGAUUCAUAUUUUGUUGUAAUAAUUUCUCGUGGUACGUAGUGUUACGAUAUACUUUGUGCAGCGCAAAAUAAAUCUUAACAUGACGUGUUUCAUCAUUAUUUGUUAUUUAUCAUUAUUGUUACUAGACAAAUCAGCGUCAAAAUUUAUUGUUACUCGUUGAAGGGGAGUGAGGACGAGGAGGACAAAGUACUCGUUCCCUGCUAUUAUUUCUUGCAUUUCAUCCAUUUAUUUUGCAUUACUUAUAAUAAAUUGUUACAUUCGAUCAUGACUCAAACGCAGCCCAUAUACAAUCAUUGCAUCUUUAUAAUAAAAAGAGAAAUUAUACAUCGUACUACAAAAGAGAGGAUCACUUAAGUAAAUCUAAAAAAAAAA